AUGAAUCUCGUGCUUUCUCCGCUUCUAUUCAUUCUCCUUACUGCCCUUUUUCCAAAUUUUUCAUUUUCUUUCAAGCUUAGCGAUUCUAAAUUACUCUUUCCUUAUUAUACGUAUUCACCUGUUAAUUAUACCAUCAGUGGUUCAGAUGGAACAUGCUAUGAAUGGUCUUCUGGGACCCCUGAGAUCGUUACAGUCUCUCCAGUAGUUACCGGACAUGUGGUAAAGUGUGAUGUAAUUGUUGAUAAUAUUCACCGGAUCGAAAUAGGCACCACCACACAGGAACUAUAUUUGCACAAUACCCCGGAGGCUUUAGUUGUUGUUGGAUAUGAUGAAUUUGGGAAUACCUUCUCCAGCCUGGAUGGCAUCCCAUUUGAAUGGAAGAUUCAUGGUAUCGGGCCCUCUGACAGUGGCCAUAGUGUUCUUCGUUUCUUGACAUGGACAGAAUCAGAGUACACUACACCAAGCCGCAUAGGAAAAUUGGAAUCAGAAGGCAUGCAGGUUAACAAUACAGAACUAGCUAAGCUCACUACUAACGACGGAUGCAUUUUAACUGCCCUUCGCAUAGGCCAGACAACCGUUACUCUGCUUGACAUAAAUGUUGAAGACGCUCUUUAUCAUGUCCGCGAGAACUUGGGAAAAGGAAAGGCAUCGCUCACCGGUGUAGUCGAUGAAGGCCUGUUAUCUUAUUCCCGUCGACCUACUUCCUUGGUAUAUAUCGUGGAGCCUGCCUAUCUUACAUUUACAGUAAAAUCGAUAACCGAUGUAACGGACAAUUAUUGUCGUCGUGCUCAUCGCAUUCUUGUUGGCCAUGAUAGAUCUUCCUCGCAAAUUGAAGGUGCUGUUCCCAAAUCUCAAAAAUGGGUCCUUGAAGUCGGACAAGUUUAUAAAAUUAGGCUUGAUGUAUUUGAUCAGAAUAGUCACCGAAUUUUUCCGUCUGAUAAUCAACGUAUCAAUUUUAACUUUUCGGUGGAUGCAUUUGAGCUUUUAGGAAAGACUCUGAAUGGAUCGAUUCACCUUAUUCGACCACUUUACGCUGGCGUGUUUAAAUUCACUGCUCAACUAAUGGGAAUACUCGACGUCGAUUCUGGAGCCCUGAGGCCCUUCUCUAUGCCUCUUUUGGGGACCCAAGAAUUAACAGUCCAUGACUCCAUUAGGAUUUUUCCUUCGCAUGUUUUACUACCUUGGCAGCCUCGUAGAGCCUUACAGACCUCUUCAUUGGACGAGGUGUCUUACGGCUACCCCCUCACUGCCGUGGGUGGCAGUGGAGAUUAUGUCUGGAGUGACUUGACUCCUUUGCCCCUCGAAAGUGCUGAUCUAAAAGGGCCUUUUUUAGAUCAUCAUAGCAACACAGCUGAUGAUUUCAUCACUUCCUCU